UGAAGGAAGAGAAGGAACCUCUGUGGCGCAACGAGCUGACCAGGAAGAUCCUCCUGCGGGAGACAUAAAUACCCGACAAAGAUCAUUCCUCCUCGGACACUUUAUGAAUGAACGGCUCCUGUCAGGACUGAAAAAAAGGAAGAACGUGAAAAGAAGAAGCUUCAAAUUUCAAGAGUUUGGAAACUUUCCACGGUGUGGUCACACAGACUUCCCCCCUCGUUCAGAUUUAACCACCAAACCCACAGAUAUUUUUAACAGUCAAACUUAAGAAUAAACUUCAAGGUUUUUCUGCCUGAGUCACCAAAAUGACCUCAGAGCCAAACUUCACCACCGCCUUAAACCUCACCACCCCCACUGCCGAUGGUGGCUGCCCACCUGUCGGUAUUGGGCUGGAAGGUAAGAUCAUGCCACCCGUCCUCAUCAUCGAUGUCAUUCUGGGGCUGCUGGGAAACCUGGUCGCUCUGUGGAUCUUCUGCUUCAAACUGAAGGCGUGGAACCCCAACAGCCUCUUCCUCUUCAACCUGGUUAUCGCAGACUUCCUCGCUCUAGUGAGUCUACCUCUGAGGAUCGACGCCUUGCUCAGGAGUCACUGGGUGUUUGGAGACGGCAUGUGCCGGAUCAACCUCUUCCUGAUGUUUUCCAACCGUUCGGCGAGCAUCGCACUCAUGACCGUGGUGGCAAUUUAUCGCUACUUUAAGGUGGUCCAUCCUCACCACCGCUUCAACCGCAUGACCAAGCGACAGGCGGUGUUUGUGUCGCUGUUUGUCUGGCUGCUGGUCAUCACGCCCCGGGUUCCUAUGCUGGCUUACAACCACAUCAAGGGCAGCGGCAACACAACCCAGUGCUUCUUUUUCACGUCUUACAAAGAGGCGUCGCGAGCCAUCAUCAUCCUGGUGGCCAUGCAUCGCAUCCUCACCGUGCUGGAGUUCAUCUUCCCGAUGGCCAUGCUGCUGUUCUGCUCCAUCCGGAUCUCCAGCUUCCUGAAGGAACGACGUAUGGGCAAACCCGACAAGGUGCGCAAGGCGAUGCGAGUGUGCAUCGCCAUCGUUGCAGUAUUCAUGGUAUGCUUUCUGCCCACCACGGUGACAACCAUCGGAGUGUGGCUCACCCGCUCGUACCGCCCGUGGGACUGCACCAGCUUCUACAUAUUCACCCAGCUCAGCAUCGUGUCUCUGGGAUUGAACUUCCUGAACUCGGCCCUGGACCCAAUCAUCUACGUCUUCUCCAGCUCCAUGUUCAGGAAGGCCCUGGUGGGUGCGCUGCCCCGUGCACUGCGCUGUGGGCAGGAAGCCGAGGACAACAAGACGUCUUCUUCGGGAACUCAGUCAACCACCCAGGAGGAGAUGAAACCCAUGAGGACUGAUAGAGGAAGCGAGGCGAAAUAGUGAGCUGCUCCUUGCUAAUAAAGACUAAACCAAGCAGUGAAACCUUUUCCCUGCUCUGAUUUCCUUUAUUUUUGUGUAAUUUUGCAUAAAGUUAUACCUUUGGCUUGUUUUCUGAUGAAUCUGAAAAUCUGUCGCAUAACCAUGUAAACAUAUAUUCAGUCAAGUUUGAAAUAUUUUUCCUGUUGAACUCUUUAAAUGUA